CCGCGCCGCAGCCUUGCCUGGGUGGCUUGCGCGGCGCAGAGCAGGAGGCCGCGGCCUCUUUGCUGAACGCGGCGGGAGCCGAGCCGGGGCGCUCUGCGCUCGCGGUGGCUGCCGGGCUGCCGGCAGGGGGGGGCGGGGGGGGGGCGUCCCCACCCCGAAGCAGUUCUGCCCCAUCCUGGAGAGGCCGCUCAUCAGCUACACCCUAAAGGCCCUGGAGAGAGUGUGUUGGAUAAAGGACAUUGUUGUUGCAGUAACUCGAGAAAACAUGGAAGCAAUGAAACAAAUUAUUCAGAAGUACCAGCACAAACGCAUUUCACUAAUUGAAGCUGGAGUAACCCGCCAUAGGUCAAUUUUCAACGGACUAAAAGCUCUGGCAGAGGGUCAGUCCAACUCUAACCUCUCUAAACCAGAAGUAGUGAUUAUCCACGAUGCGGUGAGACCUUUUGUUGAGGAAGAUGUUCUUCUUAAAGUUGUCGUAGCUGCUAAGGAACAUGGGGCGGCAGGAGCAAUUCGACCUCUUGUAUCUACUGUCAUCAGUCCAUCUGCUGAUGGUAGCUUAGACCACUCGCUAGACCGUGCCAAACACAGAGCAAGUGAAAUGCCACAGGCUUUUCUGUUUGAUGUGAUCUAUGAAGCUUAUCAGCAGUGCAGUGAUUAUGACUUGGAAUUUGGAACUGAGUGUCUGCAGUUGGCUCUAAAAUAUUGUCACACUAAAGCCAAACUUGUAGAAGGAUCACCUGAUCUCUGGAAGGUGACCUACAAACGAGAUCUGUAUGCGGCUGAAUCGAUUAUUAAGGAGAGAAUUUCACGAGAGAUUUGUGUGGUUAUGAACAAAAAAGAAGAUACAGAUCAUGUAGGGCAUCUUCUUGAAGAAAUGCUAAAGAUCGAAUUAAAUGAUGUAAAAGUCACACCUGGCACCCUGUGUCAUACCGGCAGAGAUGUUCAGCACAUCAUUUUCGAGCAAUGCUACAAUUUCGUUUGUGUGAAUGAUACCACCUCUGAUUUUCAAGAAACCCAGAAGUUACUGAGUAUGCUUGAAAAGAGUAAUCUUUCCACUUUAUAUUCUGUUGUUGUUGUUUCGGUGCAUUUUCUUGAUUUUGAAUUAACACCUCUCUGUCAGACAAUGGAAAAGCUACUGCAAAUUAGGGAAUUGGCAAAGAAAGUGAAAGAAAGAAAUAUUUUAUUAUGCGGCCUUCUCAUUUGUUGCUCACAGGAUAAGCAGAAGCUACAGGAGAGUUUAAGGCAAGGUGCAAUCAUUAUUGCUGCCUUAAUCAAAGAAAGGAAUUCUGGACUCAUUGGUCAGCUACUGGUAGCAUGAAGAACAUUGAAAAUUACAUAAUAAACUUUAAAAAUGAUUAUCUAUUGUGCUUGACACCUUUCCACCCCGUUGUAUGUGGAGAAUGCUUCUUUUGCAUGUAGCCUUAUCGUUUGUAGGAUAUGAUACUUAGAUUAUAAAAGAGAAUCAGUGCUUAUAUUUGCAAAAUAAGGAAUGGUUUUAUGUAUGUCACCUAUCGGUUGAACUAGAAAAGAGUAAAUAAGCGGCAAUAAUAGCUUUCAUGUUAAGACUCUUCAAAAAAGCAUGAAAGAUCAGAUAGACAUAAUGUUGGUGGAGCUGUUCCUUCAAGGAAUAAGAAUUCAGAAGAUUUUAGCUAUUUCCUUAACUAUACAUUAACGAAUCACAGUGUAACGAAACCAAUGAGAAGCUUCAGAAUUAUUCUUCAUUCUGAAAUUGACUUCUCAUCACGUGAUAUUGUAUCCUUUUGUCUUGUAUUGAAUUCUAAAAGAAAAGAGAGAGGGAGCCAGCAGGUGCCAUCUGGGUA